UGGAGGCCCAAGAUGGCGGCGCACUGGGAGCGUAAUAUUUGCGUUUCUAGGAUCUUCAAGCUGCUGGUGGCUUAAGACUCUGGGGUUGUAGAGGCCCACACUAGACUAGUCGUCUGGAAGGAACUUAGACCUCAGAGAUGGCUCUGAGUAAAUCAAUGCAUGCAAGAAAUAGAUACAAGGACAAACCUCCUGACUUUGCAUAUCUGGCUUCCAAAUAUCCAGAUUUUCAGCAGCAUGUUCAGAUAAAUCUGAAUGGAAGAGUGAGUCUUAAUUUUAAAGACCCUGAAGCAGUCAGAGCUCUGACUUGUACUCUCCUAAGGGAGGAUUUUGGACUUUCUAUUGAUAUUCCACUGGAGAGACUAAUUCCCACAGUUCCCUUGAGACUCAACUAUAUUCAUUGGGUAGAAGAUCUGAUUGGUCAUCAGGACUCUGACAAAAGUACUCUCCGAAGAGGAAUUGACAUAGGUACUGGGGCAUCCUGCAUCUAUCCUUUACUUGGAACAACCUUAAAUGGCUGGUAUUUCCUUGCAACAGAAGUAGAUGACAUGUGCUUCAACUAUGCAAAGAAGAAUGUGGAACAGAAUAACUUAUCUGAUCUUAUAAAAGUGGUAAAAGUACCACAGAAGACACUCCUGAUGGAUGCUCUUAAAGAAGAAUCUGAGAUAAUCUAUGACUUUUGCAUGUGCAACCCUCCCUUUUUUGCCAAUCAGUUGGAAGCCAAGGGAGUAAACUCUCGAAACCCUCGAAGACCCCCACCUAGCUCAGUAAAUACAGGAGGGAUCACAGAGAUCAUGGCAGAAGGGGGUGAAUUAGAGUUUGUUAAAAGGAUCAUCCAUGACAGUUUACAGCUUCAGAAAAGAUUAAGGUGGUAUAGCUGUAUGCUGGGAAAGAAAUGCAGCCUGGCUCCUCUGAAGGAAGAACUUCGAAUACAAGGGGUUCCUAAAGUCACCUACACUGAAUUCUGCCAAGGUCGGACAAUGAGGUGGGCUUUGGCUUGGAGUUUUUAUGAUGAUGUAACAGUACCAUCACCACCAAGUAAGCGAAGAAAAUUAGAGAAGCCAAGGAAACCCAUUACGUUUGUAGUAUUGGAAUCUGUGAUGAAAGAAUUAUCCCUCAAAGCAUCGUCUUUGGGCUCUGAGACAGUGGAAGGCAUAGUAGUUGUGACAACAUGGAUUGAAAAAAUUCUCACCGAUCUGAAGGUCCAGCAUAAACGAGUUCCCUGUGGAAAGGAGGAAAUUAGCCUUUUCCUAACAGCCAUAGAAAACUCCUGGAUUCACUUGAGGAGGAAGAAAAGGGACCGAGUGAGACAACUGAGAGAAGUUCCCCGAGCUCCCAAGAACGUCAUCCAAGCCUUGGAAGAGAAAAGGUCCCCCACUAAGGAGUCUGGCAGCAGCCAAGACUUGGCUCAGGGUCCCCAGGAGAGUGCUCUGUGCGGGCCUGCUCUACAGGAAGACGAGUCUGCCACUGUGGAGGGCCAUGGCCCAAACCAGGACUCGCUUUCCCAGGAGGAAAACCCAGAACCCAUGGAGGAUGAAAGGAGUGAGGAAAAGGGAGAGAUGGAGGUUUGGGAAAGUUGUAAAGGCUCUAGUAAUGGAGCCCAGGACCAAGAGGCUUCUGAGCAGUUCAGCAACCCAGUGUCUGAAAAAGGGAACCAUCUCCAAAGAGCGGCUGGAUGUUACCUAUUCAAGUGUUUGAUAAACGUUAAGAAGGAGGUAGAUGAUGCCUUAGUUGAAAUGCAUUGGGUUGAGGGCCAGAACAGGGAUUUGAUGAACCAACUUUGUACUUACAUACGUAACCAAAUUUUCAGGCUUGUUGCUAGUUAACUCCAAACUUCUUGCACAGUAAAGCAGCUUGCUUUGGAGUGUAGCCUGUGGGGUGGCAAGCUGAAUCCCACCAUUGGCCCACUGGUAGCAUUUAUAUGGAAUUAUCUGAAACAACUUAAUCCAUUUUAAACACCCCCCUCCCUUUUUUUUUAAGUUAACAGGGCACUGUAGUAUGGUAGUUCAGAGGAAGAAUUGUGGUUAUUUGCAUCAACAAAAAGCCAUCAAUAAACUCAUAAGGGAUUCAAACCUGACUUAAGCUGAUCACCUUAGCUUUAGACUGGUUUUCUGAAGCCGAAAGGAUUAUUUUUGCAGUCUGAUCCCGGUCAGAAUUUACAGAGCAUCACGCUCUCUCUGUCACCCCUGGUUGCUUCCUGAGAAGGGGUGACUUUCUUAACCCCCUGGUGGAGGUGGUAUACCAGGUAGCCCUGUACCUUCUUCUAAAGUCACCUUUAAGACUGAAGACUUUGGGUACAUAUAAUUGAUGACCCCUGUGUCAGUCCUGAGAAGGGAACUGGCCUAAUGGUAGGUGGCGGGAGAGUCAGGGAGAGAAAGCUCAGUAAUGCCAGGAAGAAGGGCCAAUCAGGAAGCGCCUGGAAACGUCGGAAACAUCGGCAUAUUCCUGACUCUUGUCUGUUUUGAUGUUGGUUAUUUCAGAAACAGAAUUAGGGAAGCAAAACUGCCAGAUGUGACUGAGAUACAGCAGAAUGAAGCCAUACCCCUACCUCCAACCUGUUUAAAGUACUAUUUUGUAGCAGUUUUACUGGUGUGUGAUUUUUUUUUAUUUGUUUCGACAUUUGAAGUGGAGCUAAUAUAAGAGUAUUCAGAAUUGAAAACUGUCAAUCCUGUUUGAAUCCUGGGGUUGGGGAAAAUAUUUUCUUGGCUUUGAAUGGGUAAGUGGUUGAUGAUGGAAAUAAAAAUGGAGCAAGAUAGUUAUGUGUAGUAAGUUGCUUAAGAAAGUCUCAUCUAUUGGCAGAUAAGUUGUCGCUGAUCAAAGACGGUUUUUUGGGGUUCCCUUGUAAUCCCUUCUGUGUUUACCUGUUACCAUUGGAGAAUUCUAAGGUCGAGGUAACCAUGGUCUUAAAACAUGUUUCUAAUUGUAGUGUCAGGGCUUGGCAGGAAUGUCUCCGGAAAAGGAGUCUCUCUUUUAUUCUCUUGGUGUCUCAGUUAUCCUCUGCUGUGCUUGACUUCCAUGGCUUGAUUUUACACCAGCAGCCUAGGGUUCUAUUUAGCCUGAAAUUUCUGAGUAUGGUGCCAGAGCUCCUUGCUAUCUGCAAAGAAGACUGCGUAGUUAAGCCACAGUUUUAAAAGGUGGCAUUGGUUGGGGCAGAAAACUGAUGACCUUGGCAUACUUUGGCAGCACCUAGACCAGCCCCUCAGCAAAGAUACAGGAAAUGGAAAUAGGACCACAUUAUACCUCCCUGUGGCUGUGGAGACAGAACUGCAGAAGAGAACAUAUUAACCAACCAGUGUUCUUAACCUGGUCGUGGACCUCUGGAGAACCCAUAGCCUCCUGGAUUAUUUCCAAAAGCUCUGGACAUGUUUGGUUUUUCUUUCUGGAGAGAAGGGUCCCUGACUUAGAGAGAGCGGUUAGUAACUCACUGAGGAUUAGGAACCACUAUGCUAGUCCAGCCUCUUCUUUGACAGGAUAAGGAAACCAACACCCAGGGUCCCACAGAGCCAAGAUUCAUUGCAGGGCCCUAGAUUCCUGUGCUCAUCUCCUGUACCCACCCACACCAUCCUGCUCUGCUUACCUCUUAGGACACAUUGGAAUCAUAUGCUGGACCCAAACCUAGUUUAUAUCUUCAGAAAAUUUUAGGAUAAGUGAGUUAGGUGACAACCAUUCACUUGAUAAGUGGUCACUAAGUAUUUGCUUGUUUGUUUCACUAUAAAAGAGUAGUGUAUGCUCAUUAUUAAAGAUUUGGAAAGAUGAAAGGAGAAAACAGCUUCAAAAUCACCCCUAGUCUCAACCUUCUGAAGCACAGCCACUAUUGGUAUUUCAGUGUUUCCUUCUAGUCUCUGAUCUCUUUCUGUAGAUGGGGUGUGUGAGUGUGUGGGUUCAACUUUGGUUGUGUUGAUGCUGUAUAUUCAGUUUUAUAUUAUGCUCUUUUCUUAUCUGAUGUCUUGUAAGUAUUUUUCCAUGUUGUCACAGGAGUGCAUUAUUUAUGCUCCUCGCCUGUUCAAGAUGUGCUUCAGGCGCAGUAUUAGCCUUUGUUUAAGUCUGAUACUUAGAGGUCUCCAAAGAAUCCUCUGUGGACCUGGAGGCACAGGAGAUGUGUCUUGUGUCUACAUGUGUUUGGUGCCCCAGGUUUAAGGCCUGGUGUCAUGGAGGACAUUUUAUAGGUGUUAAGCUAAUGCUCUUAGAACUUAAAAAGUAUGUGACAACAGAAGCUUCCAGUGCCAGAGCUGUGAGUGCCAUUUUUGCAUUUGUGUGUCUUCAUUUCCUUCUCUGAGUAGUUAUUUCUAUCUAAUGAGAGAACAUUGAAACAUUUUGAAAAGACAUCUAAAAAUUCUUUCACUUAUGCAUAUACUUAAAAUGUGUGUGAUAUGUGGUAGCCUACACCUCUGAUAUGGGGAAAAGGAAUUUUUUUAGAAGAAAUAGGUUAUUGACCCAGGUAUCAUAAUGUUGAGUGAUACUUGCCGAAGUGUCUAGAGGUCAAGUUCAUGUUGAUGGAUUGGUAUGGAAUUAAAUCUUUGUGGUAUUAUCUUAAAUUCUAUUCUGGUCCCUUGCAUUGGCUUCUGAUCUCUUGAUAACCAAAGUGGGAACAGAAGCUGAACUUGUUUUCCAAGGAGGGGAAUAAGCUGCUUUUUUCUUUGGAAUCUGCUUUGCUUCCAGCAGUUUGGUCCCUUCACCCCACAUCGUUGCCCAGGUAUUCACACGCCAGAGCAUCACUGCUUGUCCUAGUAGAGUUAGUGUCUCUGUGUUGGAGUUUCAGCUGAUCUUAAGGGUGCGUGUGGAUUACUUAAAACUUUAGUAUAUAUUUUUAAAAACAUGAAACCUCUCUUCUCUUGAUAGAAAUCAGAGCUUACCAUGUGAGCACACCAACUUCUAAGCUCUGACAAGUAAUAAAACUGCAGGGUGUGAAAAAGAUGCAAAGGCCUGUAGAAAAUUCGAGGCCUCCUGUAAGCCCCUCCUUCUUACUUAAACCGAGGCAUUUUCCUCUGUAGCCACAUGGGGGCGUAUUUGGCCCUUUUAUCAACUUCACUGUGGCGUGGAUAAAAUUGUGUCCUUGGUAUUGUCUUGAAAUAUCCAGUUGCUACUCAGAUAAAUAUUUUUAUGGAAGCAAGUACAUUUUAACAUUAAAAAAAAAUCAGAGAGAUAAAAGUAGAGAGAAAGAAAACCCCACCACCCUGCAGUCUGGGCAUAAGCUUUCAACCUUUUUAUGUUUCUUUAUGGUACCAGUUGACUUGUCCUGCUACUCUAAAAUAUAUCCAGGUUGGGUCAGUCCCUUGGAUCAACUUUUUAUUGGUCUCUAGUUAAUGGGGGUACCAGAGGGGGAUGUUUAGUGAUUUUAAAUAGUAACUUUUCAAAAGCUUUAUGUUGCAGGAAGAGUAAUAUAGAGAGCCUUAAGAAAGAAGCUGCUUUCAAGGAGAAGUUAAUGCUCAGGAGAAUCAGUUUGCUGAAUGGGCACUAACCCCAGGAAAACCCAGAAGAGGCUUACUAGUGAGAAUGGAUUGGCCUCUGCCUCUUGGAGCAGGGCAUUGAUGGUCUUGAACUUUCUAAUGCUCCCAAGUACAAACCUCUUGGUGCUUGUGCCAGUACAGUAUUAGAAAGCCCUGCAUGGGGCUCACCCACGAGCAGCAGGGCCUCACACACAUACCAGAGAGUUCCUGCUCUGCUCUGUAAAGACAUUCAGAUCCUCUGCUGUGACUCACCCAAAUGACUAAAACAGCGGUUUAUUUUUUUCAAUUGCUGGUUGGAACAGCUAAUGCUGCCUUUCGGAGGCUUUGCUUUUACCCCAGGGGACUGUGUUGUGACUGAAGGCCUUGCAGCUCUGCAUGCCCUUUGAGGUGCAGCCUCUCCGCCUCUCUCAGCCCCAGCAGAGACGUCGGGGGCUCCGGCUCUCUGCAGGGAAGUGAGGGACCACAGGUGCUUAUUAGGAGCCAGGGAACGGAGAUAAGACGGAGUGGACCAGAAAGUGCAGGGGAGUGGAAAACAGAGAAGGGCACAGCCUUCACAGUUCAUCAGACCUGGGUCUGCGUUCCAGUUCUACUUACAGGGUCAAUCAUUCUCACUAAAGCUUGGAUUCCUCAUACAAAAGAUGAAGAAUUCUUGCUUCCCAGAGUUGUAGCAGCAGUUAAGUGAGAGAAAUACUAAAGCACCUGGGAGAAUCCAUGAACAAAGAGUAGGCUUCUCAACUUGCUCACCUCUUCUUAGUCUCCUUUGAGUUUUCAAUUUCUGGUCAGAAAAUCUUCUACCAAGAGACUCAGGUGAAAAGGCUGAGACCUCAAGUGUAUAACUGCGGGUGUAGACUGCCACUCUGACUGAGAGCAAAAUCCAAGCUUCUGUGUACUGGGAGGAUGAACAGGGAACCAGUACUUAUGGUCCGUCCUCUACGUAAAUUGUCUGACUUAGUAACCCUUCAAAGAGGGAUGGAGUCCCUGUGUGAUCACUUAAAGAAGUGGCAGCUCAAAGGGCUUAAGUGACUUGCCCUAAGGUUGUUCACAGAGCUAAGUCACAGAGGUGGGGCUUGAACUCAGGUCCAGAGGUAAGAGACUGAGAUUUGGUACCAAAUCUCAAGAUUCGUAACAAGUGCUACACUGAGGGUGGAAAUGGACUUCUGGGCUUAUUUGACCCAUCUCUAGGGAAGGAGACUUCAAUUAUAUGACACAGGGAAUAGAAAAGCAUCUCUUACCCACCUUCACAAUGUAGCAUUUGAAGGUAAUAUUAUUUUCCAGCCUAUGAUCAGUGAACAAAAUGUAAUAAGUGAAAUUGCUUAUAAUUAGUUCUUAUGCUACCAAAUCUUUAUACAAUUUUGUGUUUGGCAGUAGUACAGAUAAUUAAGUAGAUAGCAAAACCACAAAAUAAGAUGUCUAGUGUAAGCACAUGUUGCAUCAGAAUCAACGUAAAAUAACUGAUAAUUAGGUAACGACUCUUUUGACAAUACGUAAUUGUAUAAUAACAGAAGAAAGAUUUUUUUUUUUUUUUUUAGGCAGCAUCAAAUAUUUCACUUACAGAAUGCAAAACUGACGUACUUUCUGAUCUUGCUGGAGAAGGUAACAAUUGUUAUAAAAAUAGCAAGUCAUCUUCCCCAGGUAGAGGAAUGGACUGUGUAAAUCUGGAGAGAAGGAAAGGCUGCCUGCCAUCGGGUGGGCCCAUUCAGGGAGUGUGGCUGAGCGUCUGGGAGCAGAGCCGGGAAGUCCCCAGCUGGGGGCGGGCCCUGGCAGCCACGCAGGGAAGCCUGUGCUGCUUCUGCCCAAAAGAAGGCUGCCCAGGGAGCACCGCUGAGCCUGGGGCAGUGGGUGAGGGCGGACUUGCUCCUGUACGUUUGUAAUUCCAGGCGCUCUUGGGUUUUGUUCUCUUUUGCUUUUUUGUUUUUUUAAUAAAUUUAUUAUUUUAUUUAUUUAUUUUUGGCUGUGUUGGGUCUUCGUUGCUGUGCGCGGGCUUUCUCUAGUUGUGGCAAGCAGGGGCUACUCUUUGUUGAGGUGCGCCGGCUUCUCCUUGUGGUGGCUUCUCUUGUUGCAGGGCAUGGGCUCUAGGCGCGCGGGCUUCAGUAGUUGUGGCGUGCAGGCUCAGUAGUUGUGGCUUGGAGGCUC